AUGAAAGGCGUGGAGAAUACCUUGUCGCAGUCUGAGAGCGUGAACAGGGGCUACAAUGGGUGGAUGGGCAUGGAGAGCGAGACAAGUGCGCGUGCCACGCACAGCAGCGAGCAGAUGAUCUCUCUUGAGGAAUAUGUAAGGGAGAUGCUGCCGAUGCAUCUGCAGAAGCUGCUGAUGGAGCGAAUUAUCGAGGCUGAACAGACUGGGGCAGCGCAUACAAGUGUUUUUGCGGCGCCGACCGGGGUUGCGGCGCAAUAUCCGGCGAUGGGGCCGCCGAUGCUGCCGGGGCAGACGUUUUCGUCGAGGUCGUUUGCCGAGGGACUGGUAGUUGGUCAGCUGAGCGUGAUCGUCGUGCUGAUCUUCUUUAUUAAGUUCUUUAUCUUCAGCGACGGGCCGGCGAAGACGGGCGGCGGCGGCGGGUCGUCUGCUGAAAGCCGCAGCUCCGGAUUCACAGGUUCGCCGCUGACGUCGACCACCAGCCGGCUGUUGUCCACACUGAUCAAGCGUGGCGGGAAGGAGGGUACGGAAUUUGCAGAGGACUCAGAAAACGAACGGACUCGCCAGAUCAAUGCGAUCCUGGAGAAGACAUACUACGAUGUGGAAACCCACUCGCCUGAGUCAUUGGACUGGUUCAACGUUCUAAUAGCGCAGACGAUCCAAAAAUUCAGAGAGGAGGCGCUGCAGAAAGACAAUAUUGUGCAUUCGCUCAACGACUUUAUUAGCCGGAAAUCAAGCCAGCUACCGAACUACCUGGAUGCCGUGAAGAUUACAGAGCUGGAUAUCGGCGAUGACUUCCCGAUUUUCUCGAACUGCAGAAUUAAGUAUUCACCGCCGUUGAACAAGAAGCGUCUGGAGGCUAAAAUUGAUAUUGAUUUGAGCGAUCGAUUGACGCUGGGAAUUGAGACAAGGUUGUUGAUGAACUAUCCGAAAUAUCUGACGGCUUCCUUGCCGGUGAAGCUGACUGUAUCCAUGUUACGUUUCCAGGCGUGCCUCACUGUUUCUCUAACUACUGCGGAGGAAUUUGUGCCGACGAUGGCGGCGACAACUGACACAGAUGCAGGCGAUAGCGAGGGACACUAUUUGGUAUUCUCGUUUUCGCCCGAUUACCGCAUGGAAUUUGACAUUAAGUCGUUGAUCGGCGCUCGCUCUAAACUGGAAAAUAUCCCGAAGAUCAGCAGUCUGGUCGAAUACCAAAUAAAGAAGUGGUUUAUGGAUAGAUGCGUGGAACCGCGGUUCCAAUUUGUAAAGCUGCCAAGUAUGUGGCCUAGGAGCAAGAACACCCGGGAGGAAAAAUCAGACAUGCAGGAGGAGGAUCCAUCAAGAGCCCCUGAGUAG